AUGUCAACGCCUUCAACGGUACCGGCGAGUCUUCGUGAUGUCAGAUCAUUGACAUUCGAUUUGAUGGGGACAUGUGCAGAUUAUACUACGUCCCUCUUAAAUCUCUUUUCCAAUACCGACCUUCCUUCUUCAGUGAACCACGAGUUGUUGAUCAAGAAAUGGAGGUCUGGAUUCUUCGAGAUGAUAUUCGAACUUCACGAAAAAGGUCAAGAUAAAAGUGUAGAUGAAGUACAUAAAAUAGUAUUAGAUAGGUUGUUAUGUGAAUAUGGGAUUGGACAAGAAGAAUUUGGAGAAGAGGAAAGGGAUAGAUUAGUUUUGGGUUGGCAUAAUCAAGUCGCUUGGCCAGAUGCUAUCAAAGGUAUAGAAAGAUUAAAAACUAAAUUCGAUUGUGUGGUGGUCGCAAAUGGUACAACAAGAUUACAGCUUGAUAUAAUAUCUUCAUCGAACUUACCAUUUCAUACUUUAUUCUCAUCCCAACUGAUAGGUUAUACCAAGCCCGACCCGAGGAUGUACCAGACAUCUUUAGAGUUGAUAGGUAGGAAACCAAAUCAAACAGCUAUGGUAGCCGCUCAUGCAUAUGACUUGAGAGCUGCGAAAGACAUAGGGAUGAAAACCAUCUAUAUACAGAGAGAUACUGAAGAUCCAGAUGAAGAUAUGGAUAUCAUUCGUGAUCAAGUUGAUCUGUUCAUAGAUGGAAGAUCGAGUGCUGGGGAUAAAGGUGGUUUAAUGAGAUUAGCUGAUUCGUUCGGUAUAAAUUGUAUAACGUAA